AUGGAUAUUGAAUUUGAUGAAGUUAUGAAAAUAUUCAGGUCAAAUUUACCUUAUGAGGAAAUUCAGGCUAUGGUUUCUUCAUCUCUUGAGAAAUGGUAAAUUGAUUAUAUUAAGAAUAUAGAAUCUGAAGAAUAUAAGGUAAACAAAUGGAUUUCUUAUUUUAUAGUAAGCGUUUCAAAUUGGUAAAAAAGUUUGUGUGAUACUACAAUAGAAUCUUAAAUAAUUGUGCUUAAAAAUUCAAAAUUAACUUCCAAAUAUUAAGGAUAUUAAGGAUAUAAUAAUUAAUAUUCUGGAUGAUAACAGAUAAUUUUCAGAAGCUGAAAUUAAUCAAAUGUUCGAUAUAAAAGUCAAAUUAAAAAACAAUGAUGAUAUUUUACCAUUUGAAUUAAAGAGAUUACAAGAGUAUUUAGAGUAUAUAAUUAAAUUCAUAAAAUAGAGAUCAUUUAUUUUUCUUAAUAUCUUUUGUAAAUAAUAUUGGUGCUAUAUAAAUUUUAAGAAAAAAUAUUUAAAUUGGACUUAACUAUCUUUGUAGAGCCUUAUUUAUUAGAUCAUAUUUGGUUACAAAAAAUUUAUUCAUUUAUUAAUAGAUUCAUUUGUAAUUGAAUAUUUGUUAUGCAUUAAAUUAAAUGAAUAAACCAUAAUAAGCAAUAUAAUUGAUAACAUAUCCAAUGUAAAUUUUAGAAGAAAUGAGUUAAGAUAGUAAAACACAUGAUUUUCUAAUAAAGAAUCGAAUUAUUUUUUCAUUAAUUGAAUUUUAAAUUAAUAAUAGACAAAAGGCAAUGAUUCCAUAUCCUAAGGAAAUCCCACCUUAUUAGAUACAUUAUCAUUUACUUUUGGGAUAUUAAUUUUAUGCUUAAAUUUUUGAAGUUUUAGGAAAGUAUAGUAAUGAUUUAAUACAAUUUUAAUUAGAACAAAAUCCUAAUAAGAAUGUCAAUAGUAUUUUAAUAGAAUGUAUGAUGAAUAUAAGAGAAUGAAUCCAAAAGCAUUUGAAUAAUUAAAAUAGAAAUAAGAAAUAUUAGCAGCAUAAUUAGAAAAGAAGACAUCUAGAUAGACAACAGAAUAAAAAUAGGAAAGAUAAAAAACAGAAUAAAAAUAAAGAACAGAAUAAAGAGAGGAAGAGAAUAGAAAAAGUGAGAGAGAGUAGGAUGAUAAUUCAAUAGUUUUUUUUUAAGCUUGGGAGGAUGAUUUAUUUAAUGUAGCAAUGAAUUUGAGAGAAGAAUAAGAGUAAGAUUUAGAUAUGAUUUUUAAGUUGUUUGGAAAUAAUAAUAUAUUCAAUUGAGAUAGGAUUUACAAGAAAAUUGUAUGUUUCAUUAUUAGACUUACGAGGAGAUUAUUAAGAUAUGUAGACUUACAAGGAUUUAUUUGAUUAGAUAUAGAUAGUAGAUUUAGAAAGAGGACAAUUUGAUUUAGUGAAUUAGAGAUGGUAUGAAACAUUAUCUGGUUGUAUGCAUAGAAUAGCUAAUUGA